AUGUAUGACAGAUAUGCUCACGCCCUGUUCCACUUUCUGUCCAACAACUAUACAACAAGCCAGGAUAUCAUCAACUCUGUCAACUACAUCCGGCAUGAAAUGGUCAAUUACAAACCCAACCUCACUCAGGUGUUGUCCAGCACAGCAGCUACUUCUGCCAUUGCAGCACUUUCUCCAGGUGGCGUCCUCAUGGUGGCAGGAGCACAGCAAGCCAUAAACCAGAUGGUACCUACUGAGGUUCAAGGAGAGUUAAAGCACCUUUAUGCAGCUGCUGGAGAGUUGUUGAGACACUUCUGGUCCUGUUUUCCUGUAAACACACCAUUUCUGGAGGAGAAGGUGAUGAAGAUGAAGUCAAACCUCGAAAGAUUUCAGAUGACGAAGCUUAGUCCUUUUCAGGAGAAGAUCCAGCGCCAAUACUUAAGUACAAAUCUCACAGGCCAUUUGGAGGAGAUGUUGCAGACAGCCUAUAGCAAGUUCCACAUCUGGCAAACCCGUCGCAUGAUGAGGAAAACCUGAGGGUCUGAGGGUUUGUCAAAGAGAGGACAAGGAAGACAAAGUAUUUGGACAAAUUGCCUGUGGAGGUUCUCCAGACUGCUGUGAAGAGACCACAGAUCACAGCCUGAUUGGGACAUGGUUCACAGAGGCUUAAUGAAGAUACAGGUGGACGCUGUUAAAACUGUUCAACAGAGACUAACUGCAUCUCAGUCACAAAUAACUGUAAUUAGUUAAUUUCUCCUUUUUGUUUGUGUUUUCUCAAUGGUUGAGAGAUUGGUUCCGCUAAUGGUUAAAUGGGACUUUUAAAACGGUGUAACAUGACCAAAAUUCAGAUGGAAAAGUCAGAAGGGCACUCAGGACAAACAGGCUGAGGCGUGAGAUGCAAGCAGAGGACUUCAUCUCGUGUGUUUUCUUCAGUGCACAGAGCAGAGAAAGAGAGGAAGCCCCUCUGAGCACUGAGUCAUGUUUAAGGCAAAAAAAAAAAAAAAAAAGGCGACGUAAAUAGAGCAAUACUGUAAAGACAUUUCACACUCGAGUGCAUUAGUGUGUGUGAUCACACUGUCACUGGUUUGUAAUGUCUGCACCCUCUGUCUGCACUUAAGAUGAAAAAUGUUACUCUGAAUUAAAGUGAGGCAUAAAGCUUUUGUUCAUGCUGCUGUCUAUUGAAACUGCAGUAUUUCAUUAAUACAACUCGUUUAUGUUUUUGUGA